GCUUAAAACUACACACAACCCUUCUUUCUCUCUCUCUCUCUCUCUCUCUCUCUCUCUGUAGCUAUAAACCUCUCUCUUCAUUUCUCACCUUAGAGAUUGUGUUUUUUGGAAUGAAGGAUUUGGAUUUGUGUAUUUGAGAAAUUAUCAGCUAGCUAGCAAUAUGGAGAAGAAAUCUAGUACUAGUACUGUGAAGACUGAGGAUGUGGUUGGUUCAUCUUCCUUCCCUUGUUACAAUUCUAGUGCCUUUCCAUUUUCCAAUGGAUUUGAUUUUUCUGAGGUGGAGAAAAGCUCUUUAGGGUUUAUGGAGUUACUGGGUCAGGGUGUGCAGGACUAUGGUUCUCUGCUUGAUUUACCACAACUCUCAACUAUGCCUAGUACUGUGUCUGUGCCUCAUCAUCAGACUGCUACAGUGAAGGCUCCAUCUGAUGAUGCUGGGAAAGAGUGUUCUUCUGAGGUGUUGAAUCAGCAACCUGCUACUCCUAACUCUUCUUCGAUUUCAUCGACAUCAAGUGAGGCAGUCAUUAAUGAUGAACAGAAUAAGACUGUUGACCAAACAGAAGAUGAUGAACACAACAAGACCAAGAAACAGUUGAAGGCAAAGAAGACAAAUCAGAAGAGACAGAGAGAACCAAGAUUCGCCUUCAUGACCAAAAGCGAGGUAGAUCAUCUCGAAGAUGGAUAUAGAUGGAGAAAGUACGGUCAAAAAGCUGUGAAAAAUAGCCCCUUUCCAAGGAGCUAUUAUCGUUGCACCAGUGCUUCAUGUAAUGUGAAGAAACGUGUGGAGCGAUCCUUUACUGAUCCAAGCAUUGUGGUCACAACCUAUGAAGGCCAACACACACAUUCAAGCCCGGUCAUGCCUCGGGCAGGCUUCGGCGGAGCUCCGAUACGGCCAGGUUACUCCACCGCGUGUGGCGCCACUAACUUCGGCUCAGUUUUGCAAGGAAACUACUUGUCCCAGUAUCAGCACCAUCCCCACCAGCACCUUGUCAAUACGCUGUCAUCUCUGCAGGGUUUCCCUUACUCUGAUUCUCCAUCUUCAAAAAACGCUGCUUUUGUUACUCAAGAGAUGCAGCAAGCGACUGCAUUUCUAAUGGACCAUGGGCUUCUUCAAGAUGUUGUUCCUUCACACAUGUUGAAAGAAGAGUAGAUGAUAUUGAUAAGUAAAAUAACUGAUCCAUUGCAGGUUCUUUCAUGUGGCUUAAUUUUUUGCUGACUUUUUUCUAGGUAAGAAAGAACUAAGAACUUUAGUACUAGUAGUACAUGUAAUUUUUGUUCAUGAUAUGACUGAUAGAGUGAUAGGUGGUAAGAUUAGUGAUCAUGAUCAUCAUACUUGUAAAUUCCACUUUAUCUUUUUUUGCACGUAACCAUCAUCAUCAUUAUUAUGGACUAUUAUUACUAUUAUUUAUUACAAUUAGUAUUAUUAUGA